CCGAGUGCGCAUCCUUUCGGGGAUAGACGACCUUUGCUCUACAGUGAGUGGUGCUGUCUGCUCUCUGCUGUUGGGACUAUCAUCUCUGUGAGGACCAGCUGCUGAAGAGAGAAGCGACCAUGGCACCUGGAAAGAAGAACAGGGUGUUCGUCAUCGGUGUGGGCAUGACAAAGUUUGACAAGCCUGGAGCCCGAGGCGACUAUGAUUACCCUGACAUGGCCAAGGAAGCAGGUCAAAAGGCUCUAGCAGAUGCAGGAGUCCCAUAUUCUUCCAUUGAACAAGCCUGUGUAGGAUACGUCUAUGGGGACUCCACAUGUGGGCAGAGGGCUAUUUAUCACAGCCUGGGCCUGACCGGGAUCCCCAUCAUCAACGUCAACAACAACUGCUCCACGGGCUCCACCGCUCUCUUCAUGGCUCGCCAGCUCGUUCAGGGAGAUCUUGCUGACUGUGUGCUCGCUCUCGGGUUUGAGAAGAUGGAGAGGGGCUCUCUGUCCGCAAAGUUUAUGGACAGGACCAAUCCCAUGGACAAGCACAUGGAGGUGAUGAUCAACCGCUACGGGAUGGUGGCAGCUCCAGCAGCAGCACAGAUGUUCGGCAACGCCGGCAGGGAGCACAUGGAGAAAUACGGCACAAAGUCGGAACACUUUGCCAAAAUUGCCUGGAAAAACCACAAGCAUUCCACCAACAACCCGUAUUCCCAGUUCCAGGAUGAGUACAGUUUGGAUCAGGUGAUGAACUCCAGGAAGGUGUUUGAAUUCCUGACUCUGCUGCAGUGUUGCCCGACAUCAGACGGCGCCGGAGCAGCAGUUUUGGCCAGCGAGGCUUUCGUCAGGAAACACCAUCUGGAGCACCAGGCGGUGGAGAUUGUGGCUCAAGAGAUGGUGACCGACAUCGCCUCCACGUUUGAAGAAAAUAGCUGCAUUAAAAUGGUGGGAUAUGACAUGUCUCAAUCUGCUGCCAGAAAGUGUUAUGAAACCGCAGGUCUGAAGCCGAGCGACGUCGACGUGAUCGAGCUGCACGACUGCUUCUCGGCCAAUGAGCUCAUCACGUAUGAGGCUCUGGGGCUGUGUCCAGAGGGUAAAGCCGGAGAGAUGAUUGACCGAGGCGACAACACAUAUGGAGGCAAGUUUGUGGUCAACCCCAGCGGUGGUCUCAUCUCUAAAGGACAUCCUCUGGGCGCCACAGGUCUGGCCCAGUGUGCAGAGCUGUGCUGGCAGCUCCGAGGGCAGGCUGACAGGAGGCAGGUCCCGGGGGCAAAAGUGGCCUUGCAACACAACAUUGGCUUGGGAGGAGCUGUGGUUGUCACUCUCUACAAGUUGGGAUUCCCUCAGGAGGCCCGUUCCCACGUAGGUGCUGUUCCCACCAGCUCAGCCAGCGGUCUGGAGGGGUUUAAAGCUUACCCUGUCUUCAAAGAGAUAGAAAAACAGCUACAGGAGGAAGGAGAGAAGCUUGUGAAGAAGGUCGGUGGAGUGUUUGCCUUUAAAGUGAAGGAUGGACCAGGCGGGAAAGAGGCCACUUGGGUCGUGGAUGUGAAGAAUGGCAAAGGUUCUGUCAGCACUGACGCAGGUAAAAAGGCAGACUGCACCUUAACCAUGAGUGACGAGGAUCUUCUGGAACUGAUGACAGGAAAGUUGAACGCACAAACGGCGUUCUUCAAAGGGAAACUGAAGAUCGCUGGGAACAUGGGCCUGGCUAUGAAGCUGCAGAACCUGCAGAUUGCACCAGAAAAGGCCAAGCUGUGAGACCCGGAGCUAGCCGUUUGUCCUCUGAGCAGCACUUCAUGGACAAACUUGUUGGAAAACUUAAUUCCUCCUAAUCAACAAUCUUAUGGAGUACUUUGAUGAUGUGUUUGAUCUUUGAGACGAUCUAUAAAGUUUCAAAUCCAGCUGCUACUUUGAUAUCAGAGCACACUCACUGCAUAGUACACACAGAAUUUUUAAUCCCCUGUUAUGUGUUGUUUAAUCUUUUUGAUCCGUAACCUUUACAUGUGAUAUAAAGUCUGACACAUCCAGAGUCUUUAGGAGCUGCUUGCUUACAUGCAACAUCAGUGCAAAUUGCAAAAAUAUAUAUAUGGCGCUCCUCCCUGUUUGAUUAAUCAUGUAGUUAAAACACUCAAUGUGCCUCUAAAAUCUGUGUAUGACAUUAAGAUUGUGGUUUUAAAGCCAUUUUUGGCCUCAACCAUUUUAAUAAUUUUGUAUAGAAUACUGUAUACGUCUGUAAAUGAUAGCAAUUAUCUAAUUU